AUUAUUACAUAGGCAAUACACAAUUUUAUUUAUGAAAUAAUGGCUGUGGUUUUCAUGUGCUCAAAACAUGAGAAAAUCAGAAUAUCAAUUAUUUUUAUAACAAUGCUUGCUCGAUGCUGCUGUAAUGAAGAUUCAGGCAGUGGAUUUGAAGGAAAUACCACAGGAAGUAGCCACGACUUUGAGACUACCACCUAUCAACUGGGGAAUACAACUGGCGAAUUAUUCACAAGUACAGCACAACUUCAUAACGUUACAAUGACAACAUUGCAGCAAACGACGGAGACAACUACCUACCACUUGGGGAAUACAAGUGGAGAAUUGUUUACAAGUACAGCACAACCUCAUAACAUUACAAUGACAACAUCUCAACAAACGACUGAGAAUACCACCUUUCGUCUGGGCAGCACAACUGGGAAAAUAUAUACAAGCACAGUCGAACCUCAUAAUAUUACAAUGACAACACCUCAGCAAACGACUCGCACAACAGAAUUCCAUGAAAUUACAAUGACAACAUCUCAGCAAACGACAGAUGCGGUUACUUUACAUGAAAUCACGAUCUCUACUGAACAGAUUACAACAACACUGAGUUGUGAAUUAUUAUGCAACGGAGGCAACCAAGAAUGCAUUUACGAUAAGUGCGUAUGCAGCGAUGGAUAUGAAAGUGUAAAUAAAUAUUGCACCAAAGUGUGUCCUGACGCAUGCCCUAAACACUCUUCAUGUAAAAACGCCGAGAUUGGAUGCCAGUGUGAUAGCGGAUUUACGAACUACGAUGAUGACUCUGGAUGCAGUGAUAUCGACGAAUGUAAGACUAACUGCAACGAUAUUAUAUCUCAAAAUUGCACAAAUUAUCCAGGAUCUUUUUCUUGUUCCUGUAAAGAAGGCUAUUACUUGUAUGAACACAGUUGCUUACCUCAACCAGAGGAAUGCCCAAACGACUGUGGAGAACAUUCUGAAUGCAAAGACCCCAGUAAAGGAUGCGAAUGUGCUCCAGGUUGGACAUAUGGCGAGAUUGAUGAAGAGAGUUGUCCAAGCUGA